AUGUCAUUGCCAAGAAAAACAACAUUCGAAGAUCUAAGCAGUGAAUUACACAUUUCGAUAUUUGAAUAUUUAAAUGCCAACGAUUUGAUUCAAUCAAUUUUUAAUUUAAAUCAGUAUUUCAAUCAACUACUGUGCGAUUAUCAUUUGUUGCUGCAUUGGACGUUGAUAGAGGAUCGAAACGAAAUUGGUACUCUUUCAUCAGCUAUUUGUUUAGAACAAUUGAAAUCAUUGAAGUGUUAUGAUUAUCAUUUGAUACAAUUUCAUAAUCCAAACAAAUUGUCAUGUCUUCUUUCAUUAGUAGUUUUCAAAUAUGCCAUAAAUAUACGUGAAGAAGAAGUAAUUGAUUUCAUACUGGCAAUUCCACAAUUAAAAUAUUGUCAAAUUAAACUAUCACAAUCACAUGAUCAAGUAGAUUUUGUUUCUCCUAGCUAUCAUAAGAGUCAAGAACCAACAUCAUCUAACUUGAAAUACCUUGAUAUUGAUUCGAAAUUUGGUGUGUCAUUCUCUUAUUUUCAUUCUCAUGUUCUUCGAUGUUCACCAAAUCUACGAUAUGUAAAUGCUUAUUUAUCAUGUGAUGAUGGUAAUCAUAAUACAAUCUACAAACCUAUCAGCGACUUAGUUUAUUUAUCAAAAUUAACUUUAAAAAUUCGCAGAGCAAAAUUAGACCAUUUGAAGUUACUUUCGCAAAAUACUCCAAAUAUUGAAUCGUUAAAAUUGGAUUGUUUAGCAGGCAACAGUAAUGAAUCAUUUAUGAACGCUCAAAAAUGGUUCCAACUUUUAUCAUCAUGGAAAAAUUUAAAGUUAUUAAGAAUAUAUGUUCAAUCGAAAAACAACAUACCAUAUAAUCAUUUCCCUGGAAUUCAACAAACAUUUAGAUCUGUUCCAUUUUUAGUUGAACGUCAUGUAUGCCCCGAAUAUUCAUUUUCUGGUUACAAUCGCCGACGAAUUCAUUUCAAUGCACAUUAUCGAAAAAAAUAA